CGAGGACUUGGCCGUAAGACCACGCUUUGGGAGGAGCCAUCUGGGACGACGCUCAUAACUUGCCUGUGCCGGCCCAUGGACAAGGUAGUGUGGGGCCUUGAGUAGUAGUAUACGGGACAGUUUCGGCAUCAUGGAAUAAUAAUACUUUGGUAGAGAGAAGCAAUGACAGAACCCUUGCACCACAACCCAAGUACGAAAUACCAUGUUGCACUCACCCACCUUGCGCCCACAACACACGCUUCCUCUACCAAUCCCCCCCUCGUACCACUCUACGCCCUCGAAAUCGGCGUGCGCCAUGCUCGCCGCCCAUGCUCGCACAGACGCAUCACGAGCCGGAAAGCAAGACAUUUUGAUGCGUUUCAUGCAUCUCAAGGGAGCCACGCUCGCAGAUCCUCCAUGUGCCACCUUUCAACGGUACUUAGGUCCCGCCACCUUGGCCGAAGGAUGCAAGAAAGAAAAAAAAGCGCCGGCGUGUGCGCGUCUUGGUCUAGCAGGCAGAAGGCUCACCGAUCAGUCAACAGGCUACUAUACCGCAGCCGGUGUAGCAGAGGCAAGCUAUGUAUGUCUUGCACUAGCUUCGCUCCCGUCGUCUAUUUUUUGUCGGUAACUCUUAGAGCAUACCCUGGCGCUGCGCUACGACGGCCCCGGACGCUCGGCUGCGGUAGGCCUCCUCGGGCCAGGGCUACUUUUCUCAGCCUUGCCUUUAGGAGGGCCCCCGGGAGGAGAAAGCAAGACCAGAGCUAAGCUAACAAGGCGUUAAUGAGUAGCUUCAUGGUCGUUGAAUUAGGGUACAUUGUUUUUCCGCCU